UUAAUCUUUUAUACUCAUUUGAAUGGUCUUGCUGAAACUAAUAUAUACGCAGAAAAAUUCAAGAUUUUAUAACCUGAAAUAGAAGAUCUAUGUACAAAUCCUAAUGCUAUAGAUGAUGAAGAAGAUUUAGAAAUGGAAGAGGAUAAAUUAUCUGAUUAUUCAACUCAAAGUAAAUGCUUCUAAUCUACAGCUGUUUAAGCCUCAUCUAAGUAUGAAUAUGAUAUUUCUGUAAGAUGUCAUAAAUUUAAAUGUUCCUCUGAUGCAUCUGAAAUAUCUGUAAUUUUCCCAGAUAUUUAAUUGUAAGUUUUAUGUGGAAUAGGGGAUUAAGGUUAAUAAAAGAUUAUUGAUAAUAGUGGCAAAAAAGCUAAAGGUAAAAUCACAUGUCCUUUAGAUUAUAAUAGAUUCUGUAAUAAUUCCCGUACAUGUCCGAAUUUCUGUUCCUAAAAAGGAGUCUGUGUAAACGGACAAUGUAUAUGCCAACCCGGAUAUGGAGGGGAAAAUUGUAUUACAAAAUGCUCCGGAGUAGUCAAUGAUGGAUAUAUAUAAGGCUCUUGUCCUUCAGGUAAAUUCAAGAACCCAGAUAAUACUUGCAAAUCAGAUUGUCCUUAAGGCCUAUAUGGAAAGAAUGGUAAUUGCGAACCCUGCCAUAGCAGUUGCUCUAGAUGUACAGGACUAUUACCUAAUCAGUGUAUUUAAUGUUAGUUUUUGACAUUAUUGAAAGAUAACUAGUAUGUUGAAUAAUGUGAUGAGAAACAAGGAUAUAAACUAAUUAUGAUUUGCGUAUAUGCAAAUCUUAGGUUAUCCAAAAUGUUUUAAGGAAAUUGA